AUGCUGGGCACCACCAGCAAAUACAAUGACGCGUGGCACCAGGACAUUGUCGGCGACCUCGAAUUGAUAUACUCCGGUGUUCAAGAGCUGCGAGAACGGUCUGCUCUUCUACCACUUGCCGGGCUUCGAAGCUCCUCUGACCGGGCUGGCCCAGACACGAUGGAUCCAGGAGGGCAGGAGCAGCAUGAAGACAGCGGCGGCGUGUCUCCUGGAGAUAACAACUCGCCCACGAUGGUGAACAUAUUGGACGAAGGCAUGACCGACGCCACAACGCAUCAUGCGGGUUUCUUCCCACCCUCCAUCUCGCCACUCAACCCACAAGCCAGCCGUCCGCCCCUCCACUCUCAUGACUCGGGCGAGGACGCCCAGAGUCCCCACUCCGGGGGCGGGCCCGUACGGGACUUCAUCGCCGUGGGGCACAUCUCCCUGGCGGACGCACAGCGGCUCUUUGACCUCUACAUCGAGCAGCUGGACUACUUUGUCUACAAGAUCGGUGGCCGCCGGCGGACACUCGACGCGCUGAGGGCGCGGAGCGCCAUCCUGACGGCGAGCAUCCUGACCGUCGCCGCAUUGCACGAUUCCGCAUCAAAUCACAUCUACCCGGUCUGUAACAGAGAGUUACGGCGGUUGAUAUCGGCAAGUGUAUUCGACAGGAGGGUUAACCGGGACCACCUAAGAGCCCUCUGCGUGGCCUCGUACUGGCUGAGUGAUAUCAGCUGGACCCUGUCCGGCAUGGCGAUCCGUCGGGCGACCGAGAUCAACCUGAGCGGUAAUUAUCAGAGAGUACUGGUGGAGGGCGGCGAGGACGCGGCUGACUGCCUGCGCCUGUGGUAUAAUCUUUUCAUCUGCGACAGGAACCUCUCCACCCUCUACAGCAGGCAGACUCUGGUGUGCGAGGACGCCAGUAUCCAGGGCUGGGAGCAGUUUCUCAAGACGCCGGAAGCCACGGACCAUGACAAGAGGCUGAUGAGCCAGGUCUCGUUGCACUUAAUUCUAACAAGCAUCCACGAGCUGUUUGGUCCCGACAAUGGGAUUAUGAUCCCGCCGGCCUUUUCGCUGCAGAUUGCGCACUACAGCCGCCAGCUCGACCACUGGGUGGGCGUGUGGUCGACGACACUAAGGAGUUGCUCCUCCACGAUUGGCGAGUUUCCAGUCAAAAAUGCCCUCAUUUACUACCACUACUCGAAGCUCUACCUCUUCAGCCACGUCUUCCGCGGGCUCGCAAACAAGGACGCCAUCCCCGCCCCGCUGCGGGAAGCUGCCUCGGGUGCCAUCGCGGCCGCGACAAACAUCAUCGAGCUUGUCCUCCAGGACCCAGACAUAGCCGCCAGCCUGCGAGGCAUGCCCACCUAUGUCCACGCGAUGGUGUGUUUUGCCUGCGUGUUCCUCCUGAAGCUGGCUGCCAAGCGGCAGGACGGUCUGGUCGAGGCUGGCCUCGUCGGCGACCUGGCAAACAGGCUGGUCGCACAGUUCAGAUCAAUCCAGGCGGGCAAAUGGCACCUCGCUCACCUGAUGGUGGACGGGCUGGAGAAGUCCGCUGCUUCACUGCUCGGCGACAACGCUUCGAGCGUCGCAGAGGGCCUCGAAAGCGGCACAGGGAGCGGCCUGGGCAAGGGAGGUCCUGGCAGCAUGAUGGGCGACUCGGGCCCGGAAGACACACCGGGCAUGACCUUUGGGCUGUAUGCUGACCCAGGCGCCUCCUCGUCCUUCCGGGGUUCUAUGGCCUCGGGCCUCGGUGGCGUGGGAGGGUCUGUCGGCGGGAUGCAAUCGAUGCAGAACGCGAUCCAAAGCCCAGACUUGGCCCUUGAGCCCCAGAGCUUCUUUGAGUUCGGUGCGGCUCCGCCCGGGCCAGAGAAUGACCCCUUCGGAUUCCCGUGA